AGUAAGCUUUCAGCCUCCAGGCUGCAACGUUCAGCUGCCAAGCAUGUGGCUCGUGUCCCUAUCUCGUUGCGGUUAGACCCUGUGAUCUUACGUAGACACCUGUCAUUGUGCGGGGUCUUGCUUCCUAUCUUUCUGAUUAGGUUACCUGUUGCAGAUGUUCACCAGACCAUCGAAAAACAGACUGGAUCGAACAAGAGGUCCCGUUCGCCACUUCGAUCUCAUACCUUCCGGAGGCCCAACAAAGGCGAGGGACGGCAGCGACGAGGCUGAAGAUUCCGAUCACAAAGUUGGAGAUCCUGACCACGAGGCCGAAGCUUCGGAUCACGAGGCUGAGCAUUUGAGUGACGAUCAGUCUCCAGAUGAUUACGAUGACGACAAGGAAACAUUAGAAAGGGAUGAAACCGGAUUUCGCACCGAGGAAAUUCACACACCGUUUCUAGAUCCAAACGCCAACACCGAAGGCGAUUCAUUUCACAGCGGCCCAGAUUUUGACCAGAAAGACAUAGAAGACGCAAGAGAAGAGUACUCUAGUCUCUUGAAGAAGUUGACUAUCUCCCGAGAUCAAACAGAAGCUAGCAGCUUCGAAACAGACAGACUUUUGGCGAUCGCUGUGAACCUGGGGGUAUUCACGGAUAACGAUACCACGGAACCAUUGCCGCCGCCGCCUCCUGGUCAGGGAAACCACGCUCUCCAAGACUAUCAGAUGCAACUUAUGCUUUUGGAACAGCAGAAUAAAAAGCGACUCCUCAUGGCGCGGCAGGAACAAGACCAAAUCGCCUCUGGCAUUUCCGAUCUGCCCUUUGCCCAGAACUCUCUCCCCACCAAGGUCCCCGAAGCUGUUCACUCUGCCCUGAUGCCCGAAACUAACUAAAUCCUGCACUCAGACCCAAAAGCAGCAGUAGCCUU